UCCUUUUCCUAUCCUCCUAUCCUUAUUACUACUUUGGCUUCAGACACACGGAUUGGGUUUCGAUAAAUAUGGUAGUAGUGGAUACACUUUUCCGGGAGGGGUGAGGGUUUUUUUUGCAGUUGGUGUUUGUUUUUGCCAAAAGAAGCCAUGGCUGAGGUUUUGAUUUGAUUUCGAUGAUCCAAUGAAACUGAUGAUUUGUUUUGGUUAAUUUGGAAUCGAUUUUAACUGUUGAAUUUUGUCUCGAAAAGGAGGUAAGAAUCAGACUGUGGUGAAUUCAAUCUCAAUUUUUCUUGGGGAUUAGGGAUUUCUUUUGCUUUGUGGAAUUUGGGGUUUUUUUGGGUAUUCGGUAUUCUCUCUCUCCUUUUCUCCAUCUCUCUCUCUCUCUAUAUUUCUCUUUCUCUCUCUUUCUGUCAAACUGUGAACACGCAGAUAGUGUGAUGAUUUGGUGCUUCCCCUUUUUGGGUCUGUAAGUUUGCCUUUUCGCCAUAAACACAAAGAGGUUCUCUCCGGGUUUUUGCCAAAUUUAAAAUGGUGAGAGGGAAGACGCAGAUGCGGCGUAUAGAGAACGCGACAAGCCGACAGGUGACGUUCUCGAAGAGGAGAAAUGGAUUGCUGAAAAAGGCAUUUGAGCUUUCGGUGCUGUGCGAUGCUGAGGUUGCGCUCAUCAUCUUCUCUCCUCGCGGAAAGCUCUACGAAUUCGCUAGUUCCAGCAUUCAGGCAACAAUCGAGCGGUAUGAGAAGCAUACAAAAGAAAUCCAAGCCAGCAAACCACCCGAGGAUGAAGGCAAUGUGCAGCUGAGGCAGGAAACGGCGGCUAUGAUUAAAAAGAUAGAGCAACUUGAAGCAUCUAAAAGGAGGCUUUUAGGAGAAGGUUUAGGAAAUUGCAGCCUCGAAGAGCUGCAGCAGUUGGAGCAGCAGCUCGAGCGCAGUGUUGGAACCAUUCGUGCCAAAAAGAUGCAAGUGUACAAGCAACAGAUUCAGCAUUUGAAAGAAAAGGGAAAAGCCUUGGCUGCUGAAAAUGCCAUUCUGUGUGAGAAGUUCGGGCUUCAAACACCGAGCGGUGGAUCAUCCAACGAAGAGAGGACAGCAGCGGUGGCGGCGACAGCAGCGACGCAGUCUGCGGAGACCAGCGAGGUUUCGGACGUGGAGACUGAGUUGUUCAUCGGACUACCGGAGACAAGGAAUAAGCGACCCUCUCAGAAAUGAUCGAAUCGGUAUCGGUAUCUGUCAGAAAACCUAUUGGCUCAUUCUAAGUUAUAUAUAUAUAUAUAUAUACAAUGGCAUGGCAGCUACUCGAUUGUCUGUGUACUCUGGAAAAUAAUUCUUAUUGCAAUUGUACAACUGUAUCCCCUUUUAUUUUUCUAAAUUUGAUGGGAUAUAUUUUUUUCCCUUUUCCUUGCCUGUAAUCUAAUGUUUGUUACUAAUUAUGAUCCGAGUUAUGUAUC